ACCAGAGCUUUUUCAUUGACCAUUUGUUCUUUAUGAAACGUAUAAAGUUCUGCCAAAGGAAAAUCAGAGCACACAUCUCCAUUGAUGACGAAAAAUGCUUCUGGAUUCCCAAAGCGAAUUUGAUCACGGAAGUGAUACAGCCCACCUGCUGUACCCAAAGCUAUAAACUCUUGGAGAUAUCUGGAAUCCACUCAUUAAGUUGUAAAAGUUAAAAAUAAUAAAUUAGUUAAAUUUUUGGCAUACUUACUUGAUGGUUACAUUGUAUUGGUGUUGCAUUUCAUUGGCGAAAGGUUGUAUUUGUGAUGAAGAGUAAAAACCAAUGAGCAGUAUCUCUUUUAGUCCUUCAAUUGCAAGGCAUGCUUCUAUCAAGUGCUGUACCAGCGGUAAGCCAGCUACAGGAAAAAGAGGUUUUGGAAUAUCCAAAGAUAGAGGCCUAAACCUGGUUCCUAAAAAUAAUUUUUAUUAAACAAAAAAUAAAAUAAUUUGUAUAUUAGUACCUUUUUGUGGACCGCCUAUUAAAAUCACUGCUUUCAACAUUUUUCAAAUAAAUAAAGGCAAACAGCCGUUACAAAUAAAAAACUAGAAAGACUGAUGAAACCCUUGAACUAUAUAUUUUAUCUCAUCCUGACACGUAUACCCUGCUGACUAACCAAUUCUAAUAUUUUUAAUAUCUUUGUUUUGACAUUUUUUCAUCAGAAUAAAUAAAUAUAACCUCAAUUCAACAAAAACGUCAAAAUAAUUCUUAGCGUUAGAAGAAUCGAAUUGGCAACACUGUUUCUUUUCGAAACCCGAGCCGAAUUCGAUAACUUUUGCGUAAUGAACACAGAACAAAAAGGCUUUGAUCCUGGAUCUUUGAUUAACACUCGUCUAUCUAACCCUAGCCCCUUUUUUAUACUCUUUACACGAUAGAUUUAGCAUAGUUCCUUGCUACAGUUGCAAUUACUCACAGUCUGUAACAAAAAUAACUCCUGUCCUGCACCAUUUUGAAUUGUCGAACUCGUGUUAAUUCUUCAUUUCAUAAUUCUUCUUUUUUUAAUUUGACUUUAUCAGGGGUUUGAGGUUAUGUCUUUGUAUAUAAAUAAGAAAUGGAAGCAUUUACCGUAGACAAAUUUUGUAAAAACUGUGGUGAUAGAUUAGAAUUAUCAGCUGACGAAGGUCUAGAAUGCACAAAAUGCAAAUGUUAUAUACAUAUCAAAUGUUUGAAAAGAGGCUCAGUACCAGGAGGUCUCUAUGGAGACACCUUUCAUGCUUUUAUUUGUUAUGAAUGUUCAUCCGAUAAUACCGAAAGUUUUGUAAGAAUUAGACUCUCUUGGCUUCAAAUAAUAGUGUUAGUUCUAUAUCACUUGCAACAUAAAAGCCCGGGACUAGCUAGAAAAGGCUUCUUCCAUUGGAGACAUCACGUCGCUACUUUUAUAGAUAAAAAUUGGGAAAUACUCUUUCCUAGCGAUUUUAAGAAAAAGAAAAAAUGGACUGGCACCAUAGCGGGCACACUCUCCCAUUUUAACAAAUAUAUUUUUUUAUCGGGCAUUACAGUGUUCAAUGAGCCCGCUUUUUGGACACUGAUGUACCCGAAAAUAAGUCCAUUAACAAUUUCGAGUGUAUAUUCUUUAAUGGCGGUCGAAAAACAGAAUAUCAAACUUAAAAAAGAGAUACCAGUAUCGGACGCGGAACUGUUUUCUAGGCUUUUACACAGUUGUGUUAUAAAUAAAGAACUGUUGAAAACGUUUAAUGUCAACAGCAUGCAAAUUCAAGCAGAAACAAAAUCUGAUGGAAAUGAUUCGAUGGAUAUCGUAGAAGAAAGUAAAAAAUUUGGGGAUACAAGAUCAAGACAUAAAAGAAAAAAUGCAAAACAUCUUGGGAUAACUUCCAGAAAAUUAUUAAGGCUUGCAACAUCUACGGCAGCCUUGUCGGACGAUUUAACAAAUUUUAAUCUUGGUUCACCAGAUACAGACCAAUCUAGUCAAGAGUGCAAAACCGAAGAUGUAAAACCGAAAGAUGUCUCUAGACUUUUGAAUCCUUUUUGUCAUUAUAACACCUCCUUAAGCAAUAUAUCCAGAAUGAAAGGAAUCACCUUACAAAAUAAGCUAACAGGUGGCAUCAGACAAGACCUCAUCCUUUCGCCUUACAGCGGCAUGCACCUGAAGCCUUACAUCCGAAGGGAUGCAGAAACUUUCCCGCCUUGGUUGAAAUUAAUGGCCGAGAUCCAAUUGGCCGCUAACAGCUCGAAUCCUGAUUAUUUUUUGCCACCUAGAGCACCAUUGGAUUACACGUACGUUCAGCCUGAACAUAUACCGGCUAUAAACAGCUUAUGCAAUCAGUUUUUCUGGCCUGGAAUUGACCUGACGGAAACGCUGCAAUAUCCCGACUUCAGUUGCGUGGUGUUAUAUAAACGGUUAAUCGUAGGAUUCGCAUUUUUGGUACCGGACGUCAGUCACACGGAAAACUAUUUGUCGUUUUUGUUUACCAGGCCCUAUUGGAGAAAUUGCGGCAUCGCCAAAUUCAUGAUUUACCAUCUGAUACAAACCAGCGUGGGAAAAGAUAUAACACUACAUGUUUCGAUGAACAAUCCGGUGUUGUUGCUUUAUCAAAGGUUCGGAUUCAAAGUUGAAAAUGUGGUUGUAGGAUUCUAUGAUAAAUAUGUUCGAAAUGAUGUUAGCGAAUCGAAAAAUGCAUUCUUAUGUCGACUGGAUAGGUAGUGACAAUUGCCAAAACAA